AUGAAUACCAAUCCCUUUUUGCGGGGUACGAGCGGGCGGGCGCCGCAGGGCGCGCCGGCGCGCCCGCAACAGGACGUAGUGCAGCCCAGUUCGCUUGGAACAUCGGACCUGACACCUAUCCGCGCACACUACCUCAAAAAGACGCUGGUGUCGCUCGAGCUGCAGCACGAGCUGCGCCUGCUCAUGCGCCGCGACGCGCUCGCGAUGUUCGGGCCGCCGUUCCGAGGGUCCAAGUACGGAAGCAGCAAGAUUCUCAUCCUCCGCCAUAGCCUGCACCGCUUCGUGCUCACGUUUCCGUUCCUGGCAAGCGCCCCGCCGGAUUUCUUUCCCAACAAGGUCCAGGUGUUUCUCGAGCGCCUGCUGGAGCGCAAGAUGAUUGUCAUCGACGAGGAAGAGGGAGAUACGACCGCUACAACAACGCUCCUCCGCAAGCUCGAGCGCUACCUGUGCCUGCUCAUUAGCUCGGGCAUCCACCUGAAGAAUACCAAGGAGGAGGUCGUGCGCAUCAGCGAGCGCGACCGCAUGCGCAUCGCCACGCUCGAGGCACAGCGCAAGGCGACCAACGGCGCUGGAAUGAGCAACGUGGACGCGCAGCUCGACGUGAAUAUCGUGUCGGUGCGCAGCGUCAUCGCCAAGGGACGCUUGCGGAACAAGGCGCACGACGAGUUCAUUCUCUGCACGCACGCAGGCGAGGGGCAGCAGGUCUAUGUCGCACGGCGCUACAACGAGAUCGCCAAGCUUCAUGUCGCACUGCGCACCAAGUUCCCCGACGAAGAUAUCCCGGGUCCUCCGGCCAAGGACCGCACCACCAUGGCGGCAAGCGACGCGAGUGGCGAUCUCCCGCUCGCGCGCGAGCGCAACCGCCUUACGCUCCGUGCGUACAUCCACAGCUUGUUGGCCAUCCCGGCGGUAAGCGACAGCGAAACGAUGCGCGAUUUUUUGCUCGCGGAUCCGAUCGAGCUGAGCCCGGCGGAAGAGCGCGACGCGGCGGCGCGGCGCCGUGCCGACCAGAUCCGCCUCGAGCAGCGCGAGCAGUUUGCCAAAGAGACGGCGGCGCGUGCACGCCAGCUCCACGAGCAUAUUGGCGCGUUCAAGGCAGACUUGCUCCAGCCCGACGGUCUGUCGCUGCUCUUUGCAACGAUUCGGCGCUCGCCGCAAAUACAGCAGCUCCCGGAAAAGUACCAGCUGAUUAUCGAAUGGGCAAAGAGCUCGAUGGCAUCGGGCCUCUACUCCAUGUUUGUUGGAAAAGACUCGGCAUCGCAAAACUUUGCGCAGCUCAAGUACAUCCACUCAAUGGUCCCCUAUUUUAUGGUGCGCAGCAUCCUGCGUAUUUCGAACCCGAUGGCGAUGAUGCGCUCGCUUCUCGAUCUGUUCCUUGCCCAGCCCUUUGGCCAAAAGAGCCUGCUGCAACGCAUGUUUACGAACCAAAUCCACGAAGAGAUCAACGAGAUGCGCGAGAUGAACAAGCGUGUUCAGGCACGUAUCGGCGACGCGCACCUCGCGCGCAAGGUCGACGAGUUCAUUGCGAUGCCGUACUCUGUGCAGCGCACGUACAUUGGACAGGCCGAGGACGAGCGCGUGGACAUUCUAACGAUUAUCAUGCGGUCGCCGCUCGGCGGCGACCUGGAGCAGAUGCAGGUACACCGCAUCGUGACUGCAAGCCGCGCCUAUGCUGCACUCAAGCGCGAGCGCCGCGCAGCGCUCGCGCGAGGGGAGCCCGAGCCCGAGCCCGACAAUGACGAUGCGUGGCUCUACGAGGAUUUGCACGUCUACAUGAAUCUCGCGCGCAAGAUUUGCGACAAGGAGCAGCUGAUCGACCUGAUCUACGACCCGGCUACGACCGACUUGCUCAAGGACAUAAUCACCAUCUUUUAUGCGCCGCUUGCGCAGGUGUACAAAGCGGCAAACAUUGCCGAUACGCUGAGCGAUGUCCAGGUCUUUAUUACGGACCUGAUCAAGACAGUCGAAGAGCACGAGCAGCUUUCCUUGGCCGAGCCGCACAAGAUGGUGCAGGUAUUUGUCGACCUGGUGCAGCGCCACGAGCAGCUCUUUUACCACUUUAUCUACCAGGUGCACACCCAGGGCUCGGACUUGUUCGACCGCCUCGUGCGUUGGAUCGAGCUGUUUGUCAACUACGUACGGGAUCCGGCCGAAAGUGCGACGAGUGCGCACGGCCUCGGUGUGAUGGACCUCGAGAUGUGCCUUCCGGCCGGGAGCGCGGAGCGUGCGCGGGUCAUGCAGGAGGUCGACCAGGUCAUCCACCAUGCGUACCAGCGCAAGCUCAAGCGCGAACUCAAGGUGCAGCAGCGCCUUGCGCGCCAGGCGGUGAUCAAGGCCGGUGAAGAGCCCGAGAAGCCUGCCGGUGCGUCGGGCGACCCCUUGGCCGAGGCCCUGUCCGAGCAGUUUGGAUUCGGCAGCAUGUUUGGGCAGGUCGCCGACGUCGAGGCCGAAGAGAGCGGGUCAGACAGCGAGGACGAGGUGCUCUCGGACUCGGACUCGGACGAAGGCCCAGAGGAUGCAGAGCACUUUCGCCACCGGCGCACCGCGCCGCCGCCCGCCGAGAGAGCUGCAUCGAGCGGCGCGCCGAGCACCGACGCGAUCCGUGCGCUGUUGCCCGUGUUUAUGGAGAUGGCAUGGUAG